CAGCUCACUGAAGACUGGGAUCUUUGAAUCACUGCUGUAUCCCCAGUACAUAGACCAGUACCUGGUGGCAGUUUAUAUAAAGGAAGCACUGGGACUUGUGCCUGCACCCUUUAAGAAUAAAAAAAAAAUUAGAAGAUGGAACCAACAUGUAUAUUAUGUGAGGAAAAACAAGAGCCAGAACCACAGAAGAGCAUAGAAGAAAGAAAACAAGUAGAUGAAGAAGAUGCUGAGCUGAUCUUUGUUGGAGUGGAACAUGUAAAUGAAGAUGCUGAGCUGAUCUUUGUUGGGGUGACUUCAGCUUCAAAACCAGUCGUUUCAAACAUUUUGAACAGAGUCACCCCGGGUUCAUGUUCAAGGAGAAAAAAGUAUGGUCACCUCAGAAAAGAUAAUGCUCGUGAAUUGCAGCCUGUAAGUCAUGUGACCCCUAUGUCAGAUGCAGUGACUGUCUUGCCAGUUUCUGAAUCUGAGUCAAGAUUAACCGAUAGUCCUAUUAUUAUUAUUGAGCCUUUGUCUAAACCCGAUUAUAAAAGUAACUCAUCACAUGUUGUGCCUAAUAGCUCUUCAGAGUUAUGUACUCCUUUGAUUACAUUCACAAGUUCAUUGCAGCCUCCAGUAGGAGCAGCACUUUCUGUAGGCGGUUGUGCAUCAAAGCAACUUCCCACUUCUGAAAUAAACAGCAUAAAUCCCAAAAGGCCUAAACUGAGUGAUGGAAUCACAGGGGGACUUUCUUCAGCUUUGUCCUCUUCAGGAAUCUUUCAUACAAUUACUCCUCAACAAACAACACCCUCAAAUGGUGUUCAUACCUCAUUAAGCCCUAUUCAGAAUGGAGCACCUUUACCAACAGCUUAUCCAAAGGACAGUGUCCCUUUAAAGACUAUAAAUCCUGUUAGGGAAAAUAGACAGACAAAAAAAGACUUUUCAAGUCUAGCAAGUCAAAACAAGACUGUUGAUUCCACGAAAGGAAAUCUGAUCAUGUUACUUAAUGACUUUUACUAUGGACAGCAUAAAGGAGAUGGGCAGCCAGAAAAAAAGACCCACACAACCUUUAAAUGCCUCAGCUGCUUGAAAGUUCUAAAAAAUGUCAAGUUUAUGAAUCAUGUGAAGCAUCAUUUGGAACUUGAGAAGCAGAGGGGUGACAAUUGGGAAAUCCACACCACCUGCCAGCACUGCCACCGACAGUUUCCCACUCUCUUCCAGCUGCAUUGUCACAUUGGAAGUGUGCAUACUGCCCAGGAGCCCUCUGCUGUCUGUAGAAUUUGUGAAUUGUCAUUUGAAACAGAUCAGUUUCUCUUACAGCACAUGAAGGACAAUCAUAAGCCUGGUGAAAUGCCCUAUGUGUGCCAGGUUUGCAAUUACAGGUCGUCAGCCUUUGCUGAUGUGGAAACACAUUUCAGAACAUGCCAUGAAAACACUAAGAAUUUGCUUUGUCCAUUUUGUCUCAAAAUUUUCAAAACGGCAACACCCUACAUGUGUCAUUACAGAGGUCACUGGGAAAAGAGUUUUCACCCCUGUUCCAAAUGCCGGCUACAGUUUUUAACUUUCAAAGAGAAAAUGGAGCACAAGACCCGGUGUCAUCAAAUGUUUAAGAAGCCUAAGCAACUAGAAGGAUUGCCUCCUGAAACUAAAGUUGUUAUUCAGGUAUCACUGGGACCUCUUCAACCAGGGUCAGUGGAAGUAGCAUCCAUUACUGUGAGCACAUCUGAUUCUGAAUCAUCACCCCCCAGGGCCUAA